AUGCGCCUCACCUCUCAUCUGAGCUCCGUGCCCCCUCACCUUGUGCCGGUCCCCGCUCCAAACACCCCCCUCGAGCCUGCCAUGCUCCUCCAGGCCGUGUUUCUGCUGCUGCUGCACUGCUUGGCCUCCACGCUGGGCCAGUACGAACUGUGCAAGUCCCUGGUGAGCACGGAUGAGGGCUCGGUGUGGGAGCAGUACGCGUGCCAGCCCAAAUCCACGUCCAUGAGAGACUACAUGCGGAUCAAGGUGGAUCCGCCUGGAAUCACUUGUGGAAACCCGCCCGAGAGGUUCUGCACUCUGGAGAACCCGUACCUGUGCAGUGACGAGUGCGAUGCCUCCAACCCGGACUUGGCCCACCCGCCUCAGCUGAUGCAGGACAAGGAACGCAACGGCCUGCUCACCUACUGGCAGACCGUCACGUGGAGCCGGCACCCGGAGCCCCUGCUGGCCAACAUCUCAAUGUCCUGGAACAAGAGUCUGGAGCUCACGGACGACAUCCAGAUCACCUUCGAGUACGGCCGUCCGACCGUCAUGGUGCUGGAUAAGUCCAUGGACCACGGACGCUCAUGGCAGCCGUACCAGUACUACGCCGACGACUGCAUGGACGCCUUCGACAUUCCGCCCAAGCGCGUGCGCGACCUCUCGGCCACCAACAUCACGCGGGUCAUCUGCACCGAGCAGUACUCGCGCUGGGUCGGCUCCAAGAACGACAAGAACGUGAAGUUCGAGGUGCGGGCGCGCUUUUCUGUGUUCGCAGGACAGCGGCUACAGAACAUGGACAGCCUGUACACUCGCAUGGAAAGUAUGAAGGGAUUGAGGGACUUCUUCACCUUCACCAACCUGAGGAUGAGGCUUCUCAGGCCCGCCCUCGGAGGCACCUAUGUCCAGAGAGACAACCUGCUGAAGUACUUCUACGCCAUCUCCAACAUCGAGGUACCGGCAAGGUGUAAGUGUAACCUCCACGCCUCCCAGUGCCUGCUGCAGGAUGGGAACCUCCAGUGCCAGUGUGAACACAACACCACGGGCCAGGACUGCCAGCGCUGCAAGAAGGGCUUCAAAGCCAAGUCCUGGAAGGCUGGUUCCUACCUGCCAGCACCCAAUGGAACCCCCAACACCUGUACAAUUGCUGGUUCCCCCUCCGGUUCUAACUGCGAGUGCUACGGCCACUCCAACCGCUGCAGCUACAUCGACUACCUGAACAUCGUCACGUGCGUCAGCUGCAAGCACAACACCAGGGGCCAGAACUGCCAACACUGCAGACUGGGAUACUUCCGCAACGCCUCUGCCGAACUGGAUGAUGAGGGCGUCUGCAUCGAGUGUAACUGCAACCAGAUGGGCUCGGUUCACGACCGGUGUAACAGCACAGGCUACUGCCAGUGUAAAGACGGCGCCACGGGGGCCAAGUGUGACGACUGUCUGCCCGGGUACUACUGGAAACAAGGCUGUUACUCUAACGUUUGCGACGAGGAGAUGCUCCUGUGCCAGAACGGAGGAACUUGCUACCAGAGCCAGAAGUGCAUCUGUCCUCCCGAGUUUAAAGGGGCCCUGUGCCAACAACCCCAAUGCGAGGCGGGCAAGGAUUGCAACGCCGCCUCUUCCCUGCACCUUACCACGGCCACCGUGCUGCUCUGCACUCUGCUAGCCCACCUGCUGGCCACCUUAACUACGCACUGA